CAAUGGUGAUGGAAGCUUCAGUUUAAUACAAAAUGAUAGAACCAUUGUUGAGAAUUUUACCAGCUUUCAAAUAACUCAAUUUGCAACUUUAAACGGUGGAUAUGCGAUUGUACACGCUAAUACGACCAUUGAAAAUACAAACCCUAACAAUACG